AUGCGCCAUUGUCAAGCUUGCGGGAAGAGCGAGGAGGACGUGACUGCUGGUAUGCAGGCGUGCUCUCGCUGUCAUGUAGCGUCGUACUGUGAUGCGGCUUGCCAACAACGGCACUGGAAGAGGCACAAGCAGGUUUGCAGGGAGUUGACUGACAACCCGCCGCCGUGGUACUAUGUGCAUAGCUGGAACAUGGAUCGAAGUCAUCAUGAAGGCCACCUCGAGCUCAUCACCUGGGACUGCCCCAAGGAAGGAACGGGGUGGGGUCACUGCUUCAAAGAGGAGUCCAAUGAUCUUAGGCGGAAGUUCGAGACCGAAUUCAAUGGUAACGAAGAGAAGUUCUAUGAAUACUGGCCUCAAGGCUUUCGCUGGACAUGCUGCGGCACUGAGGGAGACAUGAACUAUGGCUGCGAUCAUCACGGAACUGGUCUCUAUGCAUGCACGUGCGAUUACUGCAGAGGUGGAAAAUCCCUUCCCGACCGGAUCUACAACAAACAGAGCGCUGCUAGGAUGGGUUUAUCCCUUCCCCGUGGGCCCGAUCCACGCUCUCGCUUGAGCAUGGGACCACCGCCUCUGUAG